AAUUCGCCCAACAAAUAUUUUCUCUUUCGUAAGUUAAUUUCCAUCAGUAAAAAAAAAAAAUGAAGAAGUUUUCUUUUGUGGCGGUGGCGGUGAUGGUGGCGGUGGUGGUGUUGGUUGCAAGCGAGGCGCAGAUGGCGGAGGCCGCGACAUGCAACCCCACCGAGCUGAGCCCAUGCUUAUCUUCCAUGACGUCUGGCUCCCCACCAUCAGCCGCUUGCUGCAGCAAGUUGAAGGAGCAGAAGCCCUGCCUCUGUGGCUACCUGAAGAAUCCUAAUAUGAAGCAGUACGUCAACUCUCCCACUGCUAGGAAGGUCGUUAGUAGCUGCGGCGUUCCCUACCCUCAGUGUUAGGUGCAGCUAGCGUACCUAAAAUAACCAUCCAUGAUUGAGGAGGAAUAAAAUGAUAUCUGUAUCACUUACUUACUAUUGUUGAUCAGUUGUGCUUGUGCUUUUGAAUCUUGUUUAGUACUAUAAUGAAUAAUACCAGAGAGCUUCUGCACUUUUGUUAUUACAGGG